AAUUACAAGUUUUGUUUUUGUUAAUAAUUUAUAUUUCUUUUUGUACACUCUGAAUUUUUGUGAAUGAUAAAUAGUCAGUUUAGAUUUUUGCAAUAGGACAUAGGUAUAAUUUGUUUUCGGUAUUGAUGCUCCGUCUCUAAUUCGUGAGAAUUUCUAGUUUUUAAUCAUAAUAACUUGGUCGAAUUCAGUGAUAAAUUCCUAACGUGGUGCCUCGUGUUUCUUUAUUUCGUUUCAAUUUGCGUUGCAAUUGAGUUUUGUUUUGCCUGUUAUUCAUUUUAAGUUUUUAGUAGCAGCCCUGAACAGCGGUUUACGGUUCUACGUUGUAAUUUUGAAGCAGUAUAAUAUGUUGAAAAUUAAACAUGAAAAUGAUGGAACAGAAGAACACUCUUUUGAAAAAACGCCUGAAGUCAUAGAACCUAAACCGCUAGAUGUGCAGUUCAUAAACAAUGAAAUUUCUACAUUAGAGGAGUAUUUAGUAAAGAAUGAAGACGACAAUACUUAUGGAGCUUUGAAGCAGUAUAAUAUAUUACAAAUUAAACAAGAAAAUGACGAAUCAGAAGAUCACUCCUUGGAAAAAUUGUUUGAAGUCAUUGAACCUAAACCGCUAGAUGUGCAGUUCAUAAACAAUGAAAUUUCUACAACAGAGGAGUAUUUGGUAAAGAAUGAAGUCGACAAUAGUUAUGAAAUUUUGAAGCGGUAUAAUAUAUUGAAAAUUAAACCUGAAAAUGAUGAAACAGAAGAACACUCGGUGGAAAAAUCGUUCAAGGACAUUGAAUCUAAACCGUUUGAUGUGCAGCUCUUAAGCAAAGAAAUUUCUACAACAGAGGAGUAUUUGAUAAAGAACGAAGUCCACAGUAGUUAUAAUAUUCAUAUUUCGUGUAAAGCGACCGAUACCUGGAAUAAUACAAAAAAUAUGGAUUGUAGUUUUAUUGGAACUAUAAAAAAUAAUUUUGAGAAAAAUAUAUACAAACUACGUCGGUUCGACUGCAAUGUAUGUCAAAGGAGGUUUACAGCCAAAAAUAAUAUAAUCCGGCAUAUUGCGAAAUCGCAUACCAGUACUUCCGUGAAAAAGAAAGCGCCUCAAAAAAAUAAAGUCAAUCAUCGUAACAGCAGAACCAAAGAGUAUACUCAAAACAAAGAUGGCUUAUUUAAUUGUGGUAUUUGUUUGAAAAGUUGUUCAUCAAAAUCAUACCUUAGACAACAUUGGCGCGUUCAUACCGGAGUGAACCCCUUUAAAUGCAAUAUUUGUGAAAAAAGAUUUAGUCAGAUAUCUCACCUCAAAACUCAUGAACGCAUACAUACCGGCGAGAAACCAUUUAAGUGCGAUGUCUGUGAAAAAACAUUCCGUCUACAAAAAAGUAUUAAAGAACAUAAGAGGACACAUACUGGUGAAAAACCUUAUAAAUGCGUUGUCUGUGAAAAAACAUUCUCUCAACCAUCUUAUCUCAAAAAACAUGCACGUAUUCAUACCGGCGAAAAACCGUUUAAAUGCAAUGUCUGUAAAAAAACAUUCAGUCAACAAUCUGAUCUCAAGAAUCAUACACGGAUACAUACCGGCGAAAAACCUUUUAAGUGCGAUGUCUGUGAAAAAACAUUCCGUCUACAACAAAGUCUUAAAAUACAUGAAAGGAUACAUACUGGUGAAAAACCUUAUAAAUGCGUUGUCUGUGACAAAACAUUCAGUCAACAAUCUGAUCUCAAGAAUCAUACACGGAUACAUACCGGCGAAAAACCAUUUAAGUGCGAUGUCUGUGAAAGAACAUUCAGUCAAAAAUCUGCUCUCAAGUCACAUGCUCGUAUACAUACCGGCGAGAAACCGUUUAAAUGCGAUGUCUGUGAAAAAACGUUUUGUAGACAACAACACCUAAAAAUUCAUAAACGCACACAUACCGGCGAGAAACCGUUUAAAUGCGAUGUCUGUGAAAAAACGUUUGGUAGACAACAACAACUAAAAACUCAUGAACGCAUACACACCGGAGAAAAACCUUUCAAAUGCAAUGUCUGUGAAAAAUGUUUUAGUACACAAUCUAACCUCAAAACUCAUGAAAAAAAACAUACUGGCGAGAACCCCUUUAAAUGCAAUGUCUGUAAAAAAACCUUCACUCAACAAUCUGAUCUCAAGAGACAUGCACGUAUUCAUACCGGCGAAAAACCCUAUAAAUGCAAUGUCUGUGAAAAAACCUUCACUCAACAAUCUAAACUCAAAAAACAUGCACGUAUUCAUACCGGCGAAAAACCGUUUAAAUGCAAUGUCUGUGAAAAAACAUUCAGUCAACAAUCUGAUCUCAAGAAUCAUACACGGAUACAUACCGGCGAGAAACCAUUUAAGUGCGAUGUCUGUGAAAAAACAUUCCGUCUACAAAAAAGUCUUAAAAAACAUGAAAGGAUACAUACUGGUGAAAAACCUUAUAAAUGCGUUGUCUGUGAAAAAACAUUCAGUCAACAAUCUUCUCUCAAGAAUCAUACAAGGAUACAUACCGGCGAAAAACCUUUUAAGUGCGAUGUCUGUGAAAAAACAUUCAGUCAACAAUCUGCUCUCAAGUCACAUGCUCGUAUACACACCGGUGAGAAACCCUAUAAUUGCAAUGUCUGUGAAAAAACAUUCUGUCAACCAUCUCAUCUCAAAAAACAUGCACGUAUUCAUACCGGCAAAAAACCGUUUAAAUGCGAUAUCUGUAAAAAAACCUUCAUUCAACAAUCUGAUCUCAAGAAUCAUACACGGAUACAUACCGGCGAGAAACCUUUUAAGUGCGAUGUCUGUAAAAAAACAUUCAGUCUACAACAAAGUCUUAAAAUACAUGAAAGGGUACAUACUGGUGAAAAACCUUAUAAAUGCGUUGUCUGUGAAAAAACAUUCAGUCAACAAACUCAUCUCAAGAACCAUGCACGUAUUCAUACCGGUGAGAAACCGUUUAAAUGCGAUGUCUGUGAAAAAACAUUCAGUCAACAAUCUGCUCUCAAGUCACAUGCUCGUAUACACACCGGUGAGAAACCCUAUAAUUGCAAUGUCUGUGAAAAAACAUUCUGUCAACCAUCAAAUCUCAAAAAACAUGCACGUAUUCAUACCGGCAAAAAACCGUUUAAAUGCAAUGUCUGUGAAAAAACAUUCUGUCUACAACAAAGUCUUAAAAUACAUGCUCGUAUACAUACCGGCGAGAAACCGUUUAAAUGCGAUGUCUGUGAAAAAACAUUCAGUCUACAACAAAGUCUUAAAAAACAUGAAAGGAUACAUACUGGUGAAAAACCUUAUAAUUGCGUUGUCUGUGAAAAAACAUUCAGUCAACAAUUUACUCUCAAGUACCAUGCACGUAUUCAUACCGGCGAGAAACCGUUUAAAUGCGAUAUCUGUAAAAAAACCUUCACUCAACAAUCUGAGCUCAAGAAUCAUACACGAAUACAUACCGGCGAGAAACCUUUUAAGUGCGAUGUCUGUGAAAAAACAUUCCGUCUACAAAAAAGUAUUAAAAAACAUAAAAGGAUACAUACUGGUGAAAAACCUUAUAAAUGCGUUGUCUGUGAAAAAACAUUCUCUCAACCAUCUAAUCUCAAGAGACAUGAACGUAUUCAUACCGGUGAAAAACCCUAUAAAUGCAAUGUCUGUGAAAAAACCUUCACUCAACAAUCUGAUCUCAAAAAACAUGCACGUAUUCAUACCGGCGAAAAACCGUUUAAAUGCGAUGUCUGUGAAAAAACCUUCACUCAACAAUCUGAUCUCAAAAAACAUGCACGUAUUCAUACCGGCGAAAAACCGUUUAAAUGCGAUGUCUGUGAAAAAACGUUUGGUAGACAACAACACCUAAAAAUUCAUAAACGCACACAUACCGUCGAAAAACCGUUUAAAUGCGAUAUCUGUAAAAAAACCUUCAUUCAACAAUCUGAUCUCAAGAAUCAUACACGGAUACAUACCGGCGAGAAACCUUUUAAGUGCGAUGUCUGUGAAAAAACAUUCCGUCUACAAAAAAGUAUUAAAAAACAUAAAAGGAUACAUACUGGUGAAAAACCUUAUAAAUGCGUUGUCUGUGAAAAAACAUUCUCUCAACCAUCUAAUCUCAAGAGACAUGAACGUAUUCAUACCGGUGAAAAACCCUAUAAAUGCAAUGUCUGUGAAAAAACCUUCACUCAACAAUCUGAUCUCAAAAAACAUGCACGUAUUCAUACCGGCGAAAAACCGUUUAAAUGCGAUGUCUGUGAAAAAACGUUUGGUAGACAACAACACCUCAAAAUUCAUAAAAGGAUACAUAUCGAUGAGAAACCCUUUAAAUGCAAUGUCUGUGAAAAAACUUUCUGUCAACAAUCUGAUCUCAGGAGUCAUGCACGUAUACAUACCGGCGAGAAACCGUUUAAAUGCGAUGUCUGUGAAAAAACGUUUGGUAGAGAACAUCACCUAAAAGCUCAUGAACGCAUACAUACCAGCGUAAAACCGUUUAAAUGCGAUGUCUGUGAAAAAACAUUUCGUCAACAAUCUCAUCUCAAGAGACAUGCACGGAUACAUAUUGGUGGGGUACGAUAUACCCCACGAUAACACCUCAAAAAAAUAAAGUCAAUCAUUGUAUCUGCAAAAUCAAAAGAAAUAAUCCAAACAAAGAUGGCCUAUUUUCAUUAAAAUCAAGCCUGAGAAGACAUUGACGCGUUCAUACCGGCGAGAGACCAUUUAAAUGCCGUUUCUGUGAUAAAGCAUUCAGUCAAUAUUAUAUUAUAAUAGUCAUAAUUCAUGAACGCAUACAUACCAGUUAGAAACCAUAUAAAUGCGAUGUCUGUAAAAAAUGUUUUAAUAUACAAUCUAACUUCAAAACUCACGAAAGAAGACAUACCGGUGAGAAACCUUAUAAAUGUGUUGUUUGUGAAAAAACAUUUCGUCAACAAUCUCAUCUCAAGAGACAUGCACGGAUACAUAUUGGUGGGGUACAACACAAAUGCUCAGUCUGUGAUAAAUCAUAUGGUCGCCAAGAUACUCUCAAAAGUCAUCAAGCAAAAGCACACGUGGCUAUUUGGCAGUUAUAAAAUAGGUUUUGAAUCUAUUUGUUAUUAUUUGCAAUUUUUUUUACUUGGAAUUUAAUUCAGAUUUAAUAUAUUUUUAUUAGUUUCCUUAAAAUGUUUUAAAUAUUACUAUCGUUUAACUGAUCAAUCAUAUAUACACUUGCACAAAGACAUUUAGUGAAACCAAUGUGUUUUUAUACGCACUCAACAUGUUAUUAAAUUUGGCAAUUUAGUUUCACUGUUAAAAAUUGAGUAGUUGAAGAUUGUACAAACAUUACCAAUAGAUACCAAUGUAUUAAGUAUUUAUGUAAGUUGAUAGAAAUAUAUGUAUCCAUAUAAAUUUACUUUUUAUUUUCUUGACUAAAAUGAACAAACAUAUGCUUAAAUCGAAAACUGUG